AAGAUCGAUGUCAAUAAAUUUUCUUCGCAUGGUACUGCACUGAUUAUUGCGGCAAGUCGCGGUCACAUCGAAGUAGUAAGAUUACUGCUUGAGCACCCAGAGAUCGAUGUCAACCAACGACAAGAUUAUUACGGUAGCUCACUAACAAUUGCGGCAAGCCAUGGUCACAUCGAAGUAGUAAGAUUACUGCUCCAACACCCAGAGAUUGAUGUUAAUAUCAAGGAUCGCUGGAAGGAGACACCACUGCAAAGUACCAGGCGCAAUUCACACCAAGAAAUAGUAGACCUUCUGUUGUCCCACGGCGCCAUA